AUGCAGUCCCACCCUAAGCUCUCCUCCGCCUCCCAUCCCUCCCUCGUCUCCCCAUCCUCCUCCGCCUCCUCGACCGCCUCCUCCUCCUCGACCUCCUCAAUCAUCAACAGCCCGCCCAAGCCGCUCUACCGCCCCGCCGUCCUCCGCUACGGUACCUCCCUCAAAGUCAACGACGUCGACUGGUCCCAGCAGCUCUUCUGGGGCACCCUCCCGCCCGUCACCGGCCCGCCUUCCCGCGCCCACUGGGUCCCCGACGACUCCGUCUCCUCCUGCAAGCAGUGCCCCAAGGCCUUCACCUUCUGGGAGCGCCGGCAUCACUGCCGCCGCUGUGGCCAGAUCUUCUGCGCCGCCCACUCCUCCCACAUCCUCAGACUCGACCAGAAGAACGACUUCCAUCCGUCCGGCACCCUCUCCCGCACCUGCGACUCCUGCGCAAACGACUUCAACCGCACAGUCAUCGAGGCCCUCAACUCGCAGGACGCCUCGCUCUCAAACAUCAACUACAUCACCUCCAUGGUCCGCAACAGCAACGACCACGCAAACAACUCCUCCUCCUACGGCGGCGCGAACCUCGAUCUCUCUGACGACGAGCACUCUUCCGCCGUCACAACCCCGACCGCAGCAUCUACCGCCGCCGCCGCCGCUACGCCUUCCUACUUCUCCUCCCGCUCGGCCACGCCCGAGGUCAUCGACGGCCUCGACGCCUCGCGGUCCUCCAGCAGCGACUCGAGCCAGUUCAUGGCCGACUCUAAAGCUGCUGCGCUUUCGCGCCAGAUCCAGAUGCGUGUGCAGCAGCAGCUCGGCGGGCUCGCGAUCCCGCACCAGGGAUCACCGGCUAGCUACGGAGCCCACGUCGCGGCCACGCCCUCUGAUCGCACCGGCAGCUACGUGCCCACGGAUUGGAACUGGAGUACCUUCUAA